UCCACACACACACACACACUUCUCAUUAAAGAAAAUGGAGAACUCUUUACCAAGUUACAAACUUGUGCUUCUAUUGGCAUUUUCUUUGUUUCUAUUAGUUAACACGGAGCUGGGUUUUCUUUCACCUGCGAGAGCCAUAGACAACAACACCAAGGUUUAUAUAGUUUAUCUUGGGGAAAGAGAAAAUGAUGAUCCCGAACUUGUUACAGCCUCUCAUCAUCAAAUGCUUGAAUCAUUUCUUGAUAGCAAAGAAGACGCACAUAAAUCGAUGAUCUACAGCUAUCAACAUGGAUUUUCCGGUUUCGCAGCACUUCUUACUUCUUCCCAAGCAAACAAAAUAUCAGACCAUCCUGAAGUAAUCCAUGUUAUACCAAACCGGAUUCUGAAACUGCAAACCACAAGAACUUGGGAUCUCCUUGAACUCUCUCAAAUUCCAACUUCUUUUUCUUCCUCAACAACAUCUGUAAAAGGUCUUCUUCAUGACACCAACAUGGGCAGUGAAGCUAUCAUCGGCGUCAUAGAUACCGGAAUAUGGCCAGAGUCAAAGGUAUUCAACGAUCAAGGCCUUGGACCAAUACCUAAGCGUUGGAGAGGAAAAUGUGAACCAGGAGAAAAGUUUAACGCCACAAUUCAUUGCAACAAAAAGCUAAUAGGAGCUAAGUACUACGUAAACGGCCUACUAGCCGAGAUGGGAGAAACAUUCAAAACAACAACAGUCAGAGAAUUCAAAUCCAACAGGGAUGCACUCGGUCACGGCACGCAUACAGCCACAAUAGCAGGUGGCUCAUUGGUUCCCAACGUGAGCUUCUAUGGUCUAGCACGAGGCACGGUCCGAGGUGGUGCUCCUCGGGCACGCAUAGCCUCUUACAAGGUAUGUUGGAACACAAUGCAAAAAGACGGAACAGGACCCGGUGGAAGCUGUUCAACUGCUGAUAUGUUGAAGGCUUUUGAUGAUGCUAUACACGAUGGGGUUGAUGUUUUGUCUGUUUCUAUAUCCGGGGACCUUCCAGAGGACACCGAGGUGGAUAAGCCUGAUUUUGUCGGGGCCUUUCACGCAGUAUCUAAAGGGAUUCCGGUUGUGGCUGCGGCUAGUAAUGAAGGGCCUAAGGCUCAGACUGUUGCUAAUGCUGCUCCUUGGCUCUUGACCGUUGCUGCAACCACUCUUGACCGGUCCUUUCCUACAAAGAUCACACUUGGCAAUAAACAAACUCUCUUCGGUGAGUCUCUGUUCACUGGACCGGAGAUUUCAACCGGUUUAGCUUAUUGGGAUUCAGAGAGUGAUGAUAACGGUGAUGUCAAGGGGAAAAUAGUUCUUGUUUUCGAUACUACUAGUACCUAUCCAGUUGAAACGAAAGGUGUAGCAGGAGUCAUAUAUGCCCAACAUCCCGAUGACAUUGUUGAUCGAUGCCAUGCUUUUCCUUGCAUUUACACUGAUUACGACCUUGGGACCGACAUUUUGCAAUACAUACGUACCACCAGGUCGCCCACAGCGAGAAUCAGCGCAGCUACGACACUAACCGGUCUGCCAGCAACACCAAAGGUUGCUGAAUUCUCAUCUAGAGGGCCUAACUCGGUUUCACCAGCCAUUCUCAAGCCUGAUAUAGCAGCUCCUGGUGUGAGCAUACUAGCUGCAUUAAGUCCGUUUGAUCCUAACGGACACGAUGGAUUUGGACUCGCCUCAGGGACAUCGAUGUCGACUCCGGUUGUUUCUGGUAUCAUAGCUCUCCUAAAGUCUCUACAUCCUGAUUGGUCUCCUGCUGCAUUUAGAUCAGCUUUGGUCACAACAGCUUGGAGGACAAGUCCAUCUGGAGAACCCAUUUUUGCUGAAGGAUCAAACAAGAAGCUUGCAGAUCCAUUUGACUAUGGAGGAGGUCUUGUAAACCCUCAAAGAGCUGCACACCCUGGACUUGUAUACGAUAUGGGGAUUGAAGAUUACAUCAACUACAUGUGUUCCAAAGGUUACAACGACUCCUCAAUCUCUCGUGUGAUCGGUAAAAAGACUAAGUGUCCAACUCCCAAGCCAUCAAUUCUUGAUAUGAACUUACCUUCAAUCACAAUUCCAAAUAUUGAGAAAGAAGUCACACUCACAAGAAGUGUGACCAACGUUGGACCCAUCAAGUCAGUCUACAAAGCUGUAAUAGAGUCUCCUCUCGGCAUAACUCUCACCGUCAAUCCGACUACACUCGUCUUUAGCUCCGAAGAUAAGAAGGUGCUCUCUUUCACGGUGAAGGCUAAAACGAGUUAUAAAGUCAACACUGGUUACUUCUUUGGAAGCUUGACAUGGACUGAUGGUGUUCAUGAUGUUAAGAUCCCUGUCUCUGUUCAGACAAGGAUCAUGAUCAAGUCUUAACCAAAAAAAAUAAUCAAAACUACAAUAAACGAUGUCAGAUGAAUUCCGUGUAUUAGAAAAAUCCAUAUGAUG